AUGCAACAAGAGCCUCCCGAGAAUCCAGAACCUCUGACUCACCAGGAUAAUCCCUUUUACACCUCUUCCUCCCAGCAUGGCCUCCUUCACCGUGACCCGCGCGGCCUCCGCCGAGCUCUCUCCCGAGACUCGAGUGGUCCUGAGCCACGCUCUGCCUCGGCCCUCCGCCGGGACUCUGGCCAUGACGUCGACGCCGACUUGCUCGAUGAAGAGCUACGCAGACUGAGUCUCAGCCAUGGAUCGGCCGGUCGACCUGCAGCUCCCGGCCAUCGCAUCUCCGAGUAUGAGAGUGCAAUGACUCCACCGACCCCUAAGAAAGCCCUGGGCUUCAAGGUCACCAAGCGCACAGAGACACCUUCUGAUGGAGUUCAGCUCGCAGACUUCCCCAAUGAGCUUUUGACGCACAUCUUUUCGCACUUGCACUCCGAUUCCCAUGCCGCAAUCGCCUUGGUAUCGAAGCGCUUCUAUGCGCUCAUCACCAGCUCACAUGCUUGGAGAAUGGCCUUUCUGCGGUAUUUCCCAGGACACGAGGCGCUCGAAGUCAAGACAAACGUGGAUAUCUGGGCUCAUGGUUCGCACGACUUGAUCCAGUCCGAGUCUCGAUACUUUGCUCGUCUCACGCCCAUGGCAUCUUGGAGAAAGGAGUACCUGCUCCGUACGCGCCUGAUGAGGAGUCUUGCGCGCGGCAAGCCUGGUGCUUCGGCUGCCUCUGGUGGUAUUGGCGCAUCUGUCCGCUCUGGAAAGAAAACCAGCGCAGUUUUGACUUUCAAUUCGAAGCUGCCCUGGCUCGUAUCUAGCCUCCACGCUGUCUUUACCAACGGGAAGAAGCCCCCGCGAGCCAUCCAUGGAGCCGCAGAUCUAGGAGUCGCAUCGAUUAGCGAUCCCACCAACGGAAGAAUCGAGAAAUGGGGGUUCGUGGAUCCUUUCAGCUCAAUGCAGCUUGACGAGGUUGUCCCGAACUUGGUGCCAUUUGGGCUGGGAGAAGGCCCUGCUGCCACCCCCAACGUUCUUGAUGUGAGUCAGCCUUACGGCCUGCUCGCCGGUGAAGGCUUCCCAGGAGGCCGUGCCUAUUUCCGCAGCACCAACGAGAACCGUGGACGGUAUCUUGGCGGUGAUUCUGGUGUCGUGGAUACCUACCCUGAUAUCCCCAAAAUACCAGAAAUGUCUGAGGCUAUUUGUAGCGUCUGGCUGGCAAAGUCGCAGGCUGUGCCUGCAAACACCAAUUCGAUGAUCGGGAUGCUUACUGGCUCAACCCUUGGUGUCGUAUCAUCCUUCGCUAUUGGUGGUGAUUCUGGCCCGCAGCGAUAUCAGGCUGGAGAAAUCACCGCUCGAUGGGUUCUUAGCCCUGGUGUGCCCAUCAUUUCCCUCAAGGUUGAUGACAAUUACAGCCAGAAGCGAAAGACGGCUGGAAGAAUCUUUGCAGUUGCUCUGAAUGCUCUCGGCGAAGUGUACUACCUGGCUGAGACACCCAGCGCACAGAACCAGGCAAAGAGUGAGGACAUCACCAAGAAUGCUUGGUAUGCUGGUCGUUCAGUAUACUGGCACCUCCUCGACUCUACGCGACGCGUUGCUCGCCCGGAUGAUCUGGACAAGAAUGCAAUUAGAGGAGCAUACUCGCCUAGAUCUCCUUCCAAUUCGAUGAACCUGAGCAAGAGUCAGUUGACUGCUGAAGCUCGGGAGAUUGAGAAGUUCCUGCGCCACAAGCCGGCUCACUUCAGGAAGGUCUGUGAGGGAUGGGACAUGCAGCGCAAGCUGGAAGUUGAUUUUGCCAGUGACGACGGCCAGGGUGCAGGCGAGAGCAUCUUUGUGAUCGACUGUGGCCUAGCUGAAGGCCGUCCUGCAAACAUUCAACGCUAUACUCGAUCUCUGGUUUCUCAGGAGGCUCAGUCGUCCUCGGUCAUUCUGGCACCAGCCCCUCCUGCGCCUCCUGCUGCCAGUCAAUCAUCGCUCUUCGGAACAGCACCGGGAGAGACCAUCGUGACCCCUGAGCAAGAAUCACCAGGACUUGCUUCUCCUGCCUCUGCAUCGUCGCCAGACUCAUUGUUACAUCUCCAUGAAUGGGAUAGCUGUCCGAUGAACCUGAAAGGCCACUUUCAUGCUACAGUCACCAGUGUUGGCCUGGAUCGUUCGAAUACUUCGGUUCUCACACUCGCGGAAGACCCCCUCUACACAGCCGAGGAGGAAAUCCCAGGUCGUAGGUCUCGUCUGUUUGCUAUCGGAACCAACACAGGUGCUGUUCUUGUGUGGAAUGCCAGGGACAACACCAAGGGUACAGGCAUCGACCCAGUCCGUCAGAUUCAGACCGAGUCCCCCGAAGUCUCCUGCGUGGCACUAACAGCGUUGUAUGUUGUCCACGGCGGAAGUGACGGGCUUGUCCAGGCUUGGGAUCCCCUGGCUUCUACCCUUGAGCCUGUUCGGACCCUCAACGCGAGGUCGAACGGUCGAGUUCCUCGACACAUGAUGACAAUGAAUCCCUCUCUUCGCGAGUCCAGCUACUCUGCGGUUGGCGCCAUCUAUCUUGACCCUGAUCCAACAAUCCUUCGAGGCGUCGUUUCCUUUGGCGCUUUCUUGAGAUACUGGGCAUAUAGUUCUGCGGCCCAUAGUAUGGGCCGCAAGCGCCGCCUGAGGCAUUCUGACGUCCAUGGUCGUCUGGCCAGCCGCCGCCAGGGCGGAGUCGUUACCGACUUCAUCGCCGCUGAGGAGGCUGAACUACGACUUGAGAACGAGCAAAAGGCCAAGGAGCGGGCACGCCUGCAAAAUCGGUUCGGCGUUGGUGCGCUUGGUGACCUGACAGAGGAAGAGGCUCUGCGGUAUGCACAGAUGGUCUCUGAAGAGGCAUUCCUCGAGGAACAACGACGAACCAGCGACUCGGCUGCCGAUGCCAGUCUUGACACUGCAUCGACCUUCAGCGAAACCACUGUCGACACCAUCACCCCUGAGCCGAGCAUCACUGAGAUGACUCCUCCCACGGCCCCUCCCGGGGAGGAUUCUUGUAGAAUGCAAAACGAGGACGACUAUGAGCAGCAGAUCCAGCAGGCCAUUCGUCUCUCGCUCAUGGAGGGCGUCAACGAGAAUGGCCACUCACCACCAGCAAUGAGCUCAGGCGACUACGAGUUCUCCCUCACGUACAAGGCCAAACCCGGCAAGAAGGGCAAACAUUCAGGACUCAGCUCUCCAGGGGCAUCCAAGACCGGCGGCUCAUCCAGCCGCGCCGAGCCGCGCGACUAUGACCUUGAACUUGCUCUCAAGCUCAGCAUGGAGGAUUCAGGCCAUGCUCCAUCCGAUGUUGGUCUUGGCGUUCAGUUUGAGGAGUUCCCGCCUCUGGAGACGGAGGGUGUUGGGAAGGGAAAAGGGGUGCAGAGGUGGUAA